AUGCCCGCUCCGCAUACCAGUAUGAACAUCCACAUGUUCAGCAGCUCGCCCAGUAACUCGACUGCCCAGAAUGGCAACCCCUCUGCCCCUACGCCAAAUGGCAAUCUUAGCGCGAGCAAGGAGCUAUCACCACAGCCGAAUGGAGUCGGCCAGCAAGCAUCGUCGCCAGGCUCACCCAAUGGAGACAACUCUCGGUGGAGCUCAGCGAUCGGACCAACUACGACAGCCACAACAGCCAAGUCCGGACGCGUUAUCGAGAAGCUCAUGACCGACCGAGACAACCUACAGCGAGAGAUGCGGACUUUACAGACGAAGAAUGACGAGCUGCUCCGUAGUGUUCAGGCGGAGCGGAAGCUGAAGAAUGAUUUGCAAGAUGACAAUAAUACUUUGCGGCACUCACAGGAGGUGGACAAGGCAUUACUUGGGCGGCGUGAUCGCCAGAUCAACGAUUUGAAGAAGGAGUUAAAGGAAGAGAAAGAAAAGAGACAGGCGGCAGAGACGCGGUCCCGCCAGGUAGAAACGGAACGUGACGAAGCUGUUGAGGGGAAGAAUCGCGAUGUUGGACUUGCGACGGAGCGUAUGAUGCAUUCAGACGUCCAUGCAAAGAUUCUGGAAACGAGCCAUCGGCAGCUGAGGAGAGAAUACAAAACAAGAACUCAGACUCUGCAGACUGAGAUGAAUGGUAUUGGGCAGAAGGAGCAUGAGAACCAGCAGAAGUUAGUCAAGCUGGAUAUCGUGUCUGAGCAGAUUCGACAGCAUAAUGAGCAGAUCGACAAGACGCAUGCAGACAUGAUGACUUUGUGGGACGCUAUGAAGGAGGUCAUGGGACAGCGGGCUGAGGAGAUGGAGCAGGAGUAUCACAGCCGGGAGGAGCGUGCGACAAAGCUGAGCACGGAAAUGGCGGAAGCUCUGGAUGAAAUGCGCCGGGUGAUUGGAAUCAAGAAGAAUACCAAUCUGGACGAGUCGGAUUAG